AUGAAGGAAAAAUCGAAAACCAUGGACGUGGAAGAGUUCCACUCGUAUCAGUCCUCUUCCUACGUUGUGAUGGACAAGUCGAAGGAGAUGAGCGAUAAUGGUACAUGUUCAUCGGGGAGGAGGAGACUGCGGCAAACCGCCGCGGCUAUCAUAGCCAAUCUAUCAGGCAUAGCAGGUGGCAUGCUAUCAGCCUGGACAGCGCCAAUAAUCCCCCAACUGGUGAAAGAAACGACUCCAGUUGGUACCCAACCGAUAACUGAGAAUGAAAUUUCUUGGCUGGGUUCAGUGACAGGUCUGACGUCCCUAAUUGCUCUGCUGUUCUACGCAGUAGCAGUGAAGAAGAUCGGUAAUAGAAUAAUGGCAUGGGCAAUAGCCAUUUCCGCUGCCAGCAGCUGGCUGCUCAUAUACUUUGCCCAGAACUUCUACUACCUCUUGGUGGCACGUGGCCUAGCUGGAUUUGUUUGCGGAAUAACAUUCUCCAUGAUUCCGGUUUAUGUGUGCGAGAUUGCUGAGGACUCCAUCAGAGGCCAACUGGGAAGCUUCCUCUCUUUUGGCUUCAAUCUGGGGACGCUUGCGUCGUUCAUUCUUGGCGCCAAAUUAUCUUACCACGCUUUUGCGUUGUGUGGACUGGUUGUGCCGGUGGCGUUCAUUAUAGGGUUUAUUUUUCUUCCUGAGUCGCCGACGCAUCUUCUGAGGCGGGGACAUGUCGACAGAGCUACUAGUUCACUGAUGUGGCUGAGGAACAACGAUAGAACAACAGUAGAUUACGAAUUAAUGCAACUCGAGAGGCAACUCACACACAAUCUCGGUAAAUCCGCUGGCUUGAAAGAUUUAUUCAGAGACAAAGGAACGUUCAUGGCAUUAAUUAUAUCGGUAACUCUAUUCGCUGGACAACACACCUCGGGAUAUGCUAUUUUGUUCUCCUACACAACAACGAUAUUCGAAAUGGCGAAAUGCUCAGUGGAUCCUGAUAUAGCAUCAAUAAUCAUCGCCGUUAUCCAAAUCGUGGGUUCGUCGACAUCAUCCCUGACAAUAGAAAAUCUGGGAAGAAGAAAGCUGGUGAUAAUAGCCUGCAUGGGAAUGAUAAUCAGUCACUUCGGUUUUGGAACAUUUUUGAUACUUCAGUCUCACGACUACGACCUCUCAUCGGUCUCCUGGCUGCCCCUUGUCACAAUGUCAAUCUUCGCACUGGCAUUCUGCGCAGGACUGGGCCCACUGACAUCCACCGUUGCAUCUGAAAUUUUCAGUGCAGACAUCGUGAGCCUCGGGCUGUCAAUCUCUCUGUCCACUGAAUUCAUUUCCAAUUUCUUAACUACACUAGCUUUUCCGUACAUGACUGUUGCAUUUGGUAUGCACGUCAGUUUCUUCAUCCUUGCAUUAUUCACGGGUUUCACGCUUACAAUUAUAGUUUUCCUUCUGCCUGAGACUAAAGGACGAUCGAAGCUGGAUAUCUUUGAGGAAUUGAAUGGAAAAACAAGGAAAAGUGAGUUUAUGGCAGUGCCUCUCAAUGAGGAAAGUGGUGAGAAGAGUGAGUUCGUACAACGAGCGAUUGAGUGCAAUGGAUUAGGUGUUUGAUUUGUGUCCCAAAGCGAUGAGGCCUAUUCCACAUAUGCGUGAAGAAAUUCACGUAAAAAUCCUGGUGAAUUCCUUAGGAAAUUACGAUACUUUCAUUAGUCUUUGAGGAUUUCAAUCGGAAACAGCGAACUUUCCUCUCUUUUAACGCAAUCAUCAUCGGUGAGAGAAAAAUUGACAUAAUAUGAGAACGAUAACUUCUUGAGUUGAGAACAUAGAAUGCAUAUUCUAUCAGUUCAUGGUAGACUUCAGACAAGAAGUUGGUGCGCUUCGGGCUAAAGGAAGAUGAUACUGAAUCGAAGAAUAUUUUCCUCUGAAAAUUAGAUAAUAGUCCGGAAUAGACAAAGUAGUUUGGACAGACGGAAAAAAUGUUUUUGCUUUUCUUUUAAUUCGUUGCAUUUUAGCAAUAUCUGAAGGUUCUCCCCUGUUUAUAUUCUGUAUUCAUUCAGUAGGAGAGCCUCUGAUGGAUCAGAGGCUCUCCUAGUGAUCAGACCCUUUAGCUUCGGAGCUUUUAGUAUUUUUAGUCAUUUUCUCAUCUUUUGAGGCGAAAUAAACGAUUUCUUGAGGCCAGAAAUUCUCACUUUAUCGCCAAAUGUUUGUGUUCAGGUCUUAAACUUUUUAUAGAAUUAUUACGCGAUCUGACUCAUUAUGCGGAAUUCUUAUCCCAAGGCUUUUAUGGUCACCUCCGCGGGGAUUCGCCGCCGUGUUGUUUAAGCUUUAGCGUUGCCGAAUUCACUCGAAACUCCCCGAGGGUGUUUAGCGCACGGAGAGAAAUGUUCCGUGAAAAUUACGGAACUCAGAGUUCGCUCACCGAUCACGGAAUCGACUCAGA